UGACGUGAUCGCUCAGUGAGUGCGCAUGCUUCUUUGAGCAGGAGAAAGCUAAAACAAGUGGUUCUCAUGAGCAAGACAGGCUUUUGGCAGUGUUACGGAAUUGUAAGUUUAAACCAUGGGGAAGUCUUUAUCUUAUUUGCCACUGCUUAACAAAGAUGACAGCUGUACAACUCCAUCUGAUAUAUCCGACCGGAAUGGAUCGGUACAAUCAGAUGCUCAGGGUAAAGACGGAGGAAACGGUGAUGUGUCUCAAUUUCCAUAUGUAGAAUUCACAGGAAGGGACAGUGUCACGUGCCAAACAUGUCAAGGAACAGGGAGAAUACCUAGAGGCCAGGAAAAUCAGCUUGUUGCAUUGAUCCCAUACAGUGAUCAGAGGCUGAGACCAAGGAGGACAAAGCUGUAUGUGACAGUUGCAGUGAUGGUUUGCCUGCUUCUUUCUGGACUGGCUGUGUUCUUCCUGUUUCCACGAUCCAUUGAUGUAUCCUAUGUAGGCAUCAAGUCUGCCUACGUCAGUUAUAACGAAGAUCAGCGAAUUAUCUAUCUCAACAUUACAAAUACCUUGAACAUAACAAACAAUAACUACUAUUCUGUGGAAGUGGCAAACAUCAGUGCGCAAAUUCAGUUCUCUAAAACUGUAAUUGGAAAAUCUCGGUUGAGCAAUGCUACUUCAAUUGGACCUCUAGACAUGAAUCAGAUUGACUACAUGGUUCCUACAGUAAUUGCUGAUGAGAUGAGCUACAUGUAUGAUUAUUGCACAUUGCCAUCCAUAAAAGUACAUAAUAUUGUUGUCAUGAUGCAAGUAACGGUGACAACAGCAUACUUUGGCCAUACUGAGCAAGUUUCUCAGGAAAGGUACCAGUAUGUGGAUUGUGGAGGGAACACUACUUACCUGCAUGGGCGUUCCAAGGUUGUAAAUAUCCUACAGCCACCAGAAUAGAACUGACUUCUACAUUGGCUUUUCACAUAUGGGGAAGUGUUAGUACAUUUUGCAAGGACCCACAACAGUUUAACUGUUUAGUUCUUAAAGAUCACAUAGUUGUUCUCACUGUGUUCAUGGCAUAUCUUCACUAAAUUUAUUAUUGUUUUAAUGUUUUACAGUUUUAGAUCGUCAUGUGAGAUGCCAGUGUAAAGUCCUAUCAAGCAUAGGUUAAAAGAUCUAACAAUCUCCUUUCGUUAGACCUAUGUGUUUGAAUCUUCCUUUCCAUGGUACCUAAAGAUCUAUAUGUGCUUUUGUCAUGUUUAAAAUACAUUUUUUAGAAUGAAUUUGUAGAAUACAAAAUAAUUGACAAACAUUUCCGCAGCCUAAGCAUUUGGUAUACUCUAAACGCUUUCCUCACUUGCAAGGUCUGGAUUUUUGUUUCUCGCUUAGUAACUUGCCUAGCAAAGAAGUACUGUAUUCCUUUGAAUUUAAGACACACUUUUUUUAACCAUUUUUUCUUCUGAAAAUGUCAUACAUUUGAGUACAGCAUAGUGAUGCAUGUAUUAAAAUCGGCAACAAAAGAUGUGACUGCCCAAGUACACAAACAGCAACAUGACUGACUGGCAGUUGAAGGGUUCCCUAGUAGUUAUCCUUCGGAGCGGACGCUCUUCUUCUCGAUGCAAACAAGGCAAGCUUUCCCUCAGUGCCCGCCUGUGUAGCUGUGGCCGUGGUGCAGUGGCCUCGACCUGGUGCUGCUGCAUAAAGCAGGUGUAGGCUCCCCAGGCACACCCCCCAGCCAAUCAGGACAUCCCAAUCAGCCUUCCUGUUAAGGGUGGGAAAUUUGGGCUGCGUCUUAAAUUCGAAGGAAUACGCUAGGUUAACUCUUUACUGUUGUGCUGAAUAAAGGGAUUGUCAGUGGCGUUUAAAAUAAAUAAAUAAACUGCUACUAGUCUUGAAUACAAGCUUUGGGGGAAACAGUAUUACUAGUAGUCUGACGGAUAGCCACACAUGAUGUGUGAAUUGCUGAUAUUGGUUACAUAAUACAUCAUUUAAUACUAUUUUUUUUUUUUUUUCAGAAGUUUUAAAUUACUUUAAAACCCUCUUUUUUGUGUUGAGUUCACUGAGCAAAUUGACAGGUUUUAUACAUUUUUAUUCAAAUGUAAAUGUUAAUUGUGAUGUGUUUUAAUAUGAAUUAUUUGCUUAUUUGCUGUGGAACAAUUAUGCACUGAAAGUUGAGCUUGAAUGAAUACUCAAAAGUGUUUACAGGUUAAAUCGACACAGGUUAUUUAAGUGGGUAGGGUGGGGAUAAUUGAUUUCUGUACUGAGCACUUGAUAAUUGUUCUGGGUAACCAGUAUGCUCCUGCUGUACUACAUAUUUAUAGUUUAAAUGGCUUUUGGUUUAUGUUUUAGUAACCAGUUAGAGUUACAAUUAACUUGAAUAUCAGUAUUUAGAUAUCCAUGUCAAAAUACUGGAAUUUUCUUUGUAAGAGGGUGUGACUUCAUUACUUUGUGCAGCAAUAUCUAUUUUGGAGUGUGCCAGGAGGCACAAAUCGAAAUCAUGGUUAUGGUUUAGGUUUCUUAACGUGUGGAAUUGUGGUUAACACACUAGUUUUUAGGUUGUAUGUUCAUGUGUAGAUAAUUUAAAUUUGUACAUAUUAACACAGCACUGACAGAUGUACCAGUGCCUGGUUGCUACAAACCUGCAUUCAUGUAAUUGUUAACGUAGGUAAUUCAGAACUACAUUGUGAGGAGGGUGACUAUUGUUUUCUAAACAUGAUGAAUUUAUCAUAUUUUUGUAAUGCAUAUCUCCUUGAUAUAUUCUCUGUAGCACUUCACCAUGUAUGGAAAUAGGUACUGUACUGUGUGUUGUUAGAUACGUGAGGUAUUAAAAAGAAAUACAGAUAUACUACAGCUUGGUGACCAGCCUCUUAUAUGGGAUGCAUUACACAAUCUAAUGACGUCUAAAUACUUCUUAUGCAUUUACAUUAAUAUUCUAUUAAAGAGAUCUAGAUGCAGAUUAUUAUUUUAAAAAAAGUCCUAGCAACACUGAAACGUUACUUGCAUACCACAGUGCAUCUGGCCUGCAUGAUUUAAUAAACAGUUUGCAGUGUAGUUUAGCAUUCUAAUAUGGUGUCCUUCCCUGUGGUAUUGAUACUCCUGUUUAGGUACUGACAGUACUUGCUAUUAACACUAGGUGGCAGAUGACAAUAAGGCUGUGGCGUGCUGCUACAAGGCUGUGUGUUUAUGGUACACUGGCAAAAAAAAAAAUAUUUUUUUUUAUUUAUAAAUUCCUGUGUAUUUUGUAAAAUAAAAAAAAAAAAUCUGUGUGAAAUAUUUUUUGUCUCUUUCUAUUAUCCUAAAUAUACUCCCUCAGAAAAUUUACAUGACUUGGCCAACCCUAAUCCAACAGUGUGUAUCGAGCAACAACUAAACACAAUCAGAUCAUAAAUCAUUAUAUAGAACUCUGUGAGUUCUAAUAAAUGAUUGUAAGGAAAUCGUGAAAUUAAACAGUUCUUCUGUGUGACAUUGUAAUGCAAUGAUUUACAUACUGUAUGUAUAAACCUAAAACAAUUCCAGGUGCUUGUUGCAUUUCAAAAGAUGGUAAAAAUGUACUGAUUCUCACAUCUAGUUUAAGAUUCAUGCACCUAUUACAACACUUCUACCUCUAUUCCAGCCAUUUUGACUACAUCAUAGUAAAUGAGAAGUUAAUCAAAAACACCAAUUUAUUAUGAAUUCUGUUUCUUAAAUGUUACCCAACAUGUUAAAAUAAAGGGUCAAACACUGGGCUAUUAUGGGAAAAUUGUUAAAUAAUGAACUGUUACGCUUUUAGAUAGAAGCAUUACAAUAUUGUAAGCGUUUGACGUGUUAAAUUAUGGUUGUUAGAAUGGAAAUAGCUUGGGGCAAAAAGAAAAAAAAGAAGAUUACUUGUAAAUACAUCUGUCAAUAAUUUUAACUUGCUUGCAGUAGAGUGAGGGAGUUGAACACAAACUUAUUUUUGAAACGUUUGUAUAAUUUUAAUGCUAAGCUUCAUUAUGGUAGUACUGUGUUUCAUAUACAGUAUACAGUAUACUGUUCUGCAUUAUCAAAGGUGGUUAUUAAAUCAUUGUUGUCUAUAAUGCAAAUGUAUCUUUAGAAAUAGAACACUUCAUUAUAAUGUCUCACUGAGGUUUCCCAAAGCAGUUUACUGCUGCUGAGUGUAUCUUGGUAUAUUGUGGUUGAUGUCUCCACACUAACGUAGCCACCACUACAGCUGUUUUUUUGUUUUGUUUUUUCUGAGACAGGCAGAUGGAUACUAGUGACACUAAAAGAGCAUGGCAAAAGGUCCGUAAAAAAGAUUGAAAGAAUCUGCUGAGCAAAAC